UAAAGAAAGAAUCCGUGGUCCACCCAGACACAAAUUGAAGUCAGUUUUGGGAUGAUCGUUGUAAAUUGAAAGAGAAGAGAAGUGAAAGAAAGAAAUGGCGUCUUGGAAUUCAGUUUCAUUGGAAGUAACCUACGAAAUUCUGGGUUGGUUCGCUUUUAUUGCUUGGUCUAUCAGUUUCUACCCUCAAGUCAUCUUAAAUUUUCGAAGGAAGAGCGUGGUUGGACUCAACUUUGAUUUCGUGCUAUUAAAUUUGACGAAGCACAGUUCAUAUCUUAUAUACAAUGCUUCUCUCUACUUCAGUUCUUCUAUUCAGAAACAAUACUUCCAGAAAUACGGUUAUGACCAGAUGAUACCUGUGGCUGCAAAUGAUGUUGCUUUCUCAACCCAUGCUGUUUUGCUCACAGCUAUUACACUAUUCCAGAUUGCAAUAUAUGAACGUGGAAGUCAGAAAGUGUCCAAAGUUUCUAUUGGAAUUGUUUCUGUUGUUUGGCUGACUGCUGCAGUUUGUUUCUUUGUUGCUUUGCCUAACCAUUCCUGGCUUUGGCUCAUCAACAUCUUCAACUCAAUUCAAGUGUUUAUGACUACUAUAAAGUAUAUUCCCCAGGUAAUCAUGAACUUCCUUAGAAAAUGUACUGAUGGCUUCAGCAUUGGAAACAUUUUACUUGAUUUUUCUGGAGGAAUAGCAAACUAUGGACAAAUGGUUGUGCAAUCAAUUGAUCAAGAUUCAUGGGUCAACUUUUAUGGGAAUAUAGGAAAAGUGUUGCUCUCUCUGGUAUCUGUAUUUUUUGACAUUAUUUUCAUUAUUCAACAUUAUGUCCUGUAUUCUGCUAAAAAAUCCUCCAAAUUGGUGACAACCGCUGAGGAUGAAGAUCAAAUCCGAGAGCACCUUGUCAGGCCUUCUGAUGAGUCUCCAACAGAAAAUGUGUGAGGCAUGAUUUGAUUCAUAUGUAAAUUAGACCGAGCAUGAAGAUCAAAUCAGAGAGCACAUUGAUAGGAAUGUGUAAGACAUGAUUGAAAUUAUAAUGUAUAAUCAAACUUCACCAAACUUUAUGUAUAAAUUGUGUACUAAGUUAUAGAAUUAUAGUCUCCAUCUUUAUAUCUUGA